AUGUCUAUGCCUUCUUCUUCAUCUUCUUCUUCCUUGUCUUCUUCUUCUUCAUCUUCUUCUUCCUCGUCUUCUUCUUCUAGGGGUCCCGAGGUUGAGGUUGUCAGUUUGUCUUCGGGAGGUGCACCUUCAAAGGCCAUAGGGAGUCCCAUCGUGCUUGCAAAUCUCAAGUUGUGGCACGAUUUGUACGAUCAGUUUCCCGAUGGGUUCGAGCUGACCAUGGGUGCCCUUGAGGUGGGACUGCGGUUCCCGCUGCAUCCUGUCAUCGAGGCAGGCCACCUACAGUGGUGGCGCGCAAGGGCGGCGCCUGAGGUGUUGGACCCGCGGGCAAAGACGCCGCGGAGCAAUGGCGCUUGUGGCCACGGCGCCCGCGGGUUGAGGCACCGCAAGGCAACGGCGCCUGCGGCCGCUGCUCCCGCGGGGUGA